CGAUGCAGCGGUCGCUCGCAGAUGAGCAGCGCCGUCCAAGCCAACACCGGAGACAGGGCCCAGUACCGUGCGGACCAGUUCCCGAGAAAAACCGGAAAAGUCAACCCCGGCGAGGUGUCCCACAUGAACAACCCGGGAGCUGAGAAAUGGCGACCGAUGGCCAUAUCAAAUCCGUCCACCAAGUUGCGAAUGGCAAGAUCCAUGCCCCACUGGGUCAUGCAGCAGCAACGGGAAGCAGAGCAGCAGCUUCGUCGGCCACCAUCGCCCCCGAAGAUCCCGCCACCGUCGCUCUCCGGGGACUGUGGUGACCCCGACUACGAGAUCAUCGAGUUUCCGACCCGACCGCAAGCCCAGAAACCCUCGACGCCCCGAUCGAACGCCGGUAAGUGCGCCCUGUGCGGGACCGAGAACGUGUUCGCGCGAUGCGAUACGUGCAACGAGAGCUACUGCGAGGCCUGCGACGACAUGAAUCACAAGCACCCGAAGCGAAAGGGCCACGUCCGCAGAAGGAUCUUGACUGACAACGCGAGCCGAAACAGACCGCCACUGCCGCCGAAGGGGGAGAACCUGUUGAAUCCUCCGCCAGUGCCACCGCCACGGAGGAAUCGCAAAUCCACGCAGGCUAAAUCGGCGCUAAUCAAAGGAUCCGCGCAACUCCCUUUGCUCGACAAGGUUGGGAGCUUGAGGCGCAAUUUUUCCAAUGCGAAACCAUCGCCAGACUCUAGCGCAAGAGUGUCGAAAUCUACGAAUACCUUAAACUCGUCUUCCAACGACACUUCAGGAACAGACAAAAUGACUACUCUACAGGAGAGAUACAGAAAAUAUCAGGAGGUGAUGAGGGCGCAAGACGCGAGCAGGCGACGACAUCCAUCCGCUGAUACGAGGGACACUUUGAGCGGAAGACCACUCAGCGUAGGCAGUCCGAAACCGGCACCGCCACUUCCACCUCCGCCGCCAAGUAGAACCAUGAUGCAAUCAGCCAGCGUUUGCGAUUUGACCGCUGCUCACAUGUGGAAUUCAGGAAUGCAUCAGGCCCAGUCGAUGGCACAUCUCGGGCCCGGCGGCAUGCCGAUGAUAUGGUAUCCGCCUAACUCUUGGGACGUAUCGAUGGGAGGCUCCACCAUGAGCCUGCAUCAUCCAAGUGUAUGGGGAUAUCCCAUGGGCUAUCCGUCAGCGCAAAUGCUACCUCCACAUUAUCCAGGAUCUCUCUCUAGAGGGCAGAGUCCGGCCAGGAGCAUCAAGUCCAGUAGAAGAUCGAGGCCGGCGUCUCCGUCUCCCAGUCUGAAAUCUAGGAAGUCUUACGCUUCGAGAUCGCGAUCGAGGAGGUCACCUGGGUCACCAUCGGACGCGAGUUCCGAGAACUCCGAUGAGUCCGAUGUGGAUGACAGGCUUUCCCGUGGAUCCAGAAGUAAACGCGGCAGCCUUCCCAGAAGCAUACGACAACGAAGCUACUACGACGAAGAUACCAGAAGUCUCGCGUCCAGAGGUCGGCGAGAGACGCUAAUGUCCGAGGAAAAAUUGAUGAAUGCUGAAGACCAAUGGUCCGAGAGUCCGUCUAGUAAACGAUACUCAACACCCACGAGAAGCUACGACGAAUUUCAAAAGAGCAACACUGUCUCUUCUGGACGACGUUACGGUCAUGAUGAUCGCACGGUUCCCAAGAUAGAUCCUCGGCUGGAUCGCGUUCAGAACGGAACUCAUCGCGACCGCCGAAGGCGAAGUACCGACGACGAGUCAUCUGAUCGAAAAGUUACCGCGCCGAGUCGAGCACGAGUUACGAGCUCGUCCGACGAUCAUUUCGAAAGGGUGGAGAACGCAUUAAAGAGAGCGUCGUCCCUUCGAAGGGACAUAAUGCUGGACGACCUGGAACGAUCCUCCGCUCGUCGCGAUUCUCGUAGAUCGUCUUUUGAGAGCGACGGUCAGAUGGGGAAGUCGCCUUCCCGAGAUAUAACUUCUCCGAAAAGGACAUCCGUAGAAAGAACACGCCUUCUGGAAAGGCAAUCAUCUCAAGGAGGACAUUCAGAUAGAGAUCGCGCGAACGUCGACGAGGUCGAAUCGCGUGCGACGAGAAGAGAGCAACAAGUGCGCGAUGUCUCGCGAGAGCGUGAGCUCCUCGCGAGAAAAGAAUCGUUCCGGCGAAAGGACAUUCUUGACGAUCUAGACCGUACUUCCAACAAACGAAGUUCCGGCAGAUCCUCGCUCGAGUCCGACAAUCAAGGCCUUAGAAAAACGCCCUCCAAGGAAAUAAGGAAACAGGUGGAUAAAGAAGAUCGAGAUCUCCCUGAAACGAUAAAUAAUCUUCAAGUUAAGGAUCGUCAGCAAUCGAUCGAUAAGGAACUCCGUCAGUCGAAGGAUUCAGUACGAGUCGCCGAAGCUCAACUGAAGAGACAGGACAGCGGUGAGACGAAACAGCAGCAAGCGCGAACGUUUCAACCUAGGAAAGAACAAAAGGCAGCGGAGAGAGACAUUGUCGAAAGUACGAAUGCGUUGUCCAUGGAAAUUCCGAAGGAGGAGUGGGCCUGCGAACACUGCACCUUCAUCAACAAGAUCAACGAUCGCGUCUGCGUGGUUUGUUGCAAGACGAAAAGCAGCGCAUUGCCACCGAACACCUUGAACGACGAUUCCGUGGCAAGCCCGAUCGAGCCGCGAGCACCAAAAAACGAAGCGUCGAACAGCGUUGGCGUUCCCAAUCACGAGCCCGAGAAGCGGACCAAGAAGAUCUCCAACAGCGAAGAGAGCGGCGACAGCGGCUCCGUCAAGAAUAAAGAAACGAUUCCUCCAGACAAUGAUUCUCUCGUAGAGAACUCUAUAACUGCAAUCGCGGCUGUAGCCCCGCAAGCAAAAGAUGCGUCGUCGAAAUCGACAGACGCGACGUCGUCGGUCGAUGAGAGCUUGUCGUUAAAAGCGUCAUCCUCGGUGUUGACGUCUUCUUCGAUUGCCACGAAUACCUCCGAGGCAGACACGAAUGCGACGCCGGGCGAGGAAAAAAUUCGAGGAAAGCUUACGAAGAGCCAUUCGAUAUCUACGGGAACAUCUCCUCCGCCGCAGAGUAUCUCGACUCAAACUUAUGACUAUCUCCCUGCAAAAGGGAGUCUCGGAAGAUCCGCGUCGGCAGCAACGUCAAAGAGUUACUUGUAUUACGACGACAGCGACGGUGAGAAGGAGCAUCUGUUUCAGGAUCAGAGCGGCUUCGUAAACAGUCCCGAUUUGUAUCCGCGAGCGUUGCAGGAGCAAUAUCUUCAGCAGCUGUUAACUGGACAGCGGAGCAGAGAGCGGACUAGAAGAAAUUCCAUCGACUCGACCCAUCUCUAUUAUCGUUCCAGGGAGCCCAGUCAACCGAGAUACGUGGAGGCAAGUUCCAGUGCCAGCCAAGGAGUCUCCACAUUGACUCGUCAAGGAUUGGAGAUAGUGGAGCUUCUGCGGGAAGCCGAAAAGCAGGGAUUUACGACCGACGACGUGCAAGUCGCGUUAGCGCAAGGCGCAUCGAAUCCAAUUGAGUGGCUUCAGACGCAGUGGCCGCAUCUGGUGGAGACCGUGCAGGUCCUGGUGACCGCGCAGGGCAAGGAAUCGAAGGAGAACAGCAUCGGCGUGCUCUCGCCGGCUGAAGCGAAGGAGGCCCUCCGAUCUGUCAAGGGUGACAUGUGGAACGCAGUCGCGACAGCCAUCCAACGCAGGCAGCAGAAAUGCGAACAGAUAAUGGCAAAGGGAAACUUUGCGCUCGCGGAAGUUAUCAAAGCUCUCAACAAUAACGCCGGUAUCGAGGACGCCACUUUGCUCGAGCUACAAAAGAAUCAGCUCAAGCCCUUUUUAAUGAGGAUCUGGGGUCCUCCGGUCGGGGUGGAAAACGAGGAGGCUGCACCGCACGAAGAUGCAGCGGGUGCGGUCGGUGGUGGGACGGGGGUUGAUCCCGUGGAACAAAUUCCGAAUGUGUCCGAUAGCGAGGCGCAGAAGCAGGUAAUGUCACCAAUUGUUGAUCAUUUCGUGGCGUUGCAGGCCGACUUUCAAAAGCAACUGGCGGCCCUCAGAGAACUGACCGAUAACUGGCGACACGAGAAAGAUCCCCCGAACAAAUUGGGUAAUAAUAAGUCUGAUAAUCUGUACGAACGCUCUGACGAGCCCACUGUUCUAAUCGAUGCAAAUCUGGUCUCAAGGGCCGUACAACAAGCGCCCGACGUAGCGGAGCCGAACGAUCUCGCGAUCUCGCGGCGAGAACAGGCGACCGUAGAUUCGCGGGACGACACAAAGUACUCUUUGAACGCUACGAAGCCGACGGAAGGCCUGAAAGAAGUAGACGCCGCGUUGCCCAUGGAAAUUCCCGCAACCACGGUCGAUGAUCUCGCGACGACAAGUGCAACGGACUCCUCACGCGCGCCCGAACACUCCUCGAAAAUUGACGACGCUGAUCGCGCGGCCGUAGAAUCGUCGACAGUUGACACCGGCAAUACUGUCGUGCGAAUUACCGAGUCCGAUCUGCCGAAAUCUGACGGUCAAAAGUGCGACGUCGAAGUGAAAUCAGCCGCGCAGUUGCGCGAAGAGGCGACUUUGCGUGCCGGCACCUCGACGACAUCGAUCGACGAGACUGCGACGGCGACGGAAGUUACGCAUUCACCGGAGGAACGGGAAAGAUUAUUGCCAAAUAAUCUAGCAGUUGAAGUAUCCUCGUCGCAGGGAGCUGCGCUUGACACGACGAAUAAUACGGAACCGGGUCAGUCCUCUUCUACGCGCCAGGAAACUCCGAGUGGUCCAUUACCUUCUGACAUGGCGAAACAGAACGUCGCGGCGGGGAACGGCGAGACACUCGUCGAACUUGAGAAGUCUGCCGAAUUGGGUGGAGCAGCCGAUAUCUCUUCCCAGAAUUCGGGUGUUCCUCAACGAGCCGGUACGUUGCCGCGGCGGUCAUCGCGGGACGAAUCCGCGGACGUGAUAGAGAAAGUGCACGCGAACGUAUCCGUAAGAGAUCUUCCCGCACGGGAGCAAUCUGAUCAGCGUGUCAAGGGGGAAGUCCCCGGACAGAACGACGAGCAGCCGCACGUCGUGGCGGUGGAGGCUCUGCUGUCCGCCGUGAAAUCGCUGCCGGAGCAGUUUUUGACGCCGUUCAUAACGGCGAUGCAAAUGCUGUCGCCCGAGAAGGGUGACGCGACCUCCGACGUGCAACUUAUGAACCGAUUGAAUACUUUACGCAGCAUGAAGCCCGAAGACCCGAAAACCAGCGCACCCGAGGCCGAGAUCACCGACCGGAGCUCGGCGGGCGACGUUGCGCCGAGGAACGACGCCGACGAGGAGAGCACGCCUGUUUCCGUAGCCGUGGUCGAAAAGAAAAAAACCGAAUCGCAGUCGCCGCGGGGGAGGAAUCGAGCAGACAAACGUCCGGAGAAAGGUUCGGAGAAAUUGAGAAGCGGCAAGAUUAGCGAUAGGGAGAUCGGCAGAUCCAAGCUUCCGGAUUCUCGGAUGGCGAAGCCCCGCUCGAGCGUUCCGGACAUUAAGCAACAGCAUCAGGAUGUCAGAUCGGUACGUACAGACACGAGCCAGUCAAACAUUUCGCGAACUAACAACGCAGCGGAUCUGACAUCCGAAACGUUUUCCGACUCGGUGGACUUAAUGGACAAAGACACUCUCGAAGAAUCGACUACGAACGAGACGGCGACGUCCAGUGUAGGAGCAGCAGCCGGGCCGCCGCGAACGGACGUCGCCGGGGAAAUACGUUCACGUAAGAAUUCUUUAGAGAUAGUCGACAAGUCCGCGAGAAACGAUAACCAAGAGAGAUCUACCGGAGACGAAACCAUGUCGGAGGCGGGAUCAGCUGUAGAAGCUGAUCAUUCAGGUGAAUCAUCGAUCAGUUCUCACGUGCAACCGUUAACAGCAUCCCCGACGCAUGAUCGAUCUGUCGUCCAGAGACCCCUCGAGCUCGCGAUCGGCUCGACUGAUGUGUCGUCUUCAUCAUCUUUAUCAUCAUCAUCAUCAUCAUCAAAGGAAGUGGAAAGCUCUUCCGAAAAAGCAUUUCACGAAAAGCUUCUCGCCGAUAACGCCUUUGCAGACACUGAUCCAUUGCUGAAAAGCGACUCGUCGCGAGAUAAAAAUUCAUUAGCUUUCAUAAACGAGCCUAACGCGAAAGAAUCCGCUUUCCGAUCGGCGACGAAUGUUUCACAAAAAGAACCGAUCGUUUGCGAUUUUAGCUCAGAUCAUUCGCUUGAGAUCUCGCGCGAAGUAACAACGAAUGCGACUAAUGCGCAGUCAGCCGACGAGCGAGAUAUUAACAAAUGGGUCGAGCGACAAUUAAACGAGUCGUCUCGUGUAUUAACGGUAACAGCCUCGCCGGUCUCGUCAGCUCCAUCUCCCGAUCGUCCUCCCGAAAUCGUUCAGUCGCCGCCCGUCGAAAUACUCGAUAAUCACGGUACGACAUUGCGUCACGAUAAAAAUGAUACAAAGCCGCUCGUCCCGAAAAAUGCGGUGCACGUUUCGGAAAAAGUAGAACAGACAAUUUCGGUCACAUAUCACACUCCCGCGAGCGACGAUAAAAAUGAAGCUACGUUGAAAGAAAACGUGCCCGUUGAGCGAAAUACGGCCGAUGAUUUAUCCAUCACUCAAUCGCGACCCGGCGAAAUUCCUCGGUCAUUAACACACUCGCGCUCCGUCCCGGAAAUGAGUUUAAACGAAUCGCGUGAUCGGGGGAAGGAGAUCGCGCUCGCCUCGUCGAAAUCUGACGAUCUUUCGGCGAUCGAGCGAACGUCGGACGUUCGAUCUUCGACAGACUCGCGGGAUAUUUUAAAUCAGGAUAAAUUAUUUAGUCCGACAAAAUGUCAGGAGAUAACUGCACAUCCGCGUGAUCAUCUGGCGCGCGCGAAAAUAAUGUCACUCUCCUUUCCAAAAAAUAAUCGCGGAGUCGAUACUCGCCCUGAAAAUACUUCGCAUCAUGAAAUAUCAGGCAGCUUUGGCGACCCGAAAACUUCGGAAGUCAUUAAAAUUGCAGGAAACGCCAAAACAGUAUCUUCUAUUCGUGAAACUUCAAUAUCCAGUGUCCAUGAAAACUCGGUUACGAGUGCUAAUGAGCCGUCCGACGGAAAGGUACACGGUCAAUUAUCAAACGGUAAUAACGAUGCGCGGGACAGCGCGUCUCCUCGAUUGUCCGUCGAACACGAUCCUCCGUUAGAGUCGAAGAAAAGUAUCUCGUGUCCCGUCGAUCGCGACGUGAAACUUCGUCCCGGGGACGAAGUUUCUCAAUCUCACGAUGCCAAGAAACAGGAUACACAAACGUCAAACUCAGCGACAAGGGGCGUCCUGCAUGCGCUUAAAAAUCUCAAUAUAUUCUUCGCAGCGCCGCCGGCCGAGGAGAGAAACGUCGCUUCAGCAACAGUCGACUCUCUUCCGGAUCCUAUUAUAGCGAACGUCAGCGACGUGACGCCUGGAGUACCUCACACCUUCGAAAUAAAGAUAUCGGAAUCGCCGGUAGCAACGGUAAACGAUUGCGCGCCGCUAAAGAGUAUCGCGAGCGUCGUCGGGACGGGUCAAAUAGAAGUCGUGGAGAACGCGAAAGACGUCGAUCGGUCCGGGAACGAAGUUUCGAUCGUCGCACGUAACGAGCGAGUUGAACGAACGCGGUCAAAAUUACCGAGUAAGGGAAGUCCGUUGGGAAAAAAUACCGAGCAAGUAAAUCAAUCUCACAAAAGCGUGAUCGCGAGACCCGUCGUAAAGCAGAGAUCGAGAUCGCCGCUUAAAAAGAUCGUCCGGAGAAAGUCGCCCGUUAAAAUGGUGAGAAAAUCGGUCGGCGUGCCGAGGAAAAAUUUAGCGUGGAAAAGCGCAGGUCCGUACAGCGCGGCCGUCGCAAAAGCGAGAGCGACGACGGCCAGCGAGACUGUUAAAAGGUCGAAUCGAGCGAUGCAGUCCGAUGAAUCGCGAAUUAAAGGACCCUUAAAGUCCGCGUGUAUCGCGAGCACCAAGGCAGACGUUAAGAAUAAAUCGGUUGCCGAUGGAAAAGUUCCGAUGAAAAGGAUGGAGCAAGAUACUUCGAAACCUAAAACCUCUCUACCGUCAGAAAUGCCCGAUAAAACCGUUAGACAAUCAUUAAAUGAUACCAGUGCGCACAAAACUAUCGGAAAUAUGAAGGUAAAUAAUAAUAAAAAGGUUCCCGCGCCCGGGGAGAACUUGUCGAUAGUCAAUAACGCGCCCAAUCCCGAACCGCAAACUAAAUUGCCUGUUGUUAAAAAAUAUAAUGGAAAUAAAUCGGAAAAUUCUAAAAAGAGGACGCUCGAAUAUUUUAAAAACAAAAAUAUUGAAGAUGUCGAAAAUAAAAAUCUGGACGGCUCGAAAAGUAUGAAAGCGGAGGCUUUUGAAAAUCAAGCGGUAGAGAGGGUAAAUCGCAAAACUGAAAUCCCGAAUAAUAACAAAAUUCUGACAAAAGUAGCGAAAGACAGUUUAAAACCUAAAACAGCCUCGCCGUCGAAAAUACCCGUUCUAACGCAGCGAAAAAUCGCGCAAUCUACGGACGCCGGCUCGUCGAACCCUGUUAAAGUAAAUGACACGUCCUUAUUAAAGAGCGCGUCAAAUAAAUUGCCAGCGGUGUCGCAAGCAGCUUCGAAAUUAUCGUGGAAAAUUCAGGAAAGAGCGAACGUAUCGAGCCCGCCAACCAUACGGAAAAUUGAUUCUGGGGAUAUUAACAAGCCGACGGGAAAUCAAAUUAAAUCUAGUAACGGAGGGGCGAUUGAAAUUACAGAAAAUGUGAAAGACAGGCAAAUCUUGGAGGAGUGUCGUGAUAAAGAGAGUACCGUGGAGAGUGAAGAAACCGAAGGAGAACCUUCGAAAGUUAAGUCAAUAGAAUUGAAAUUAAACGAGAAUUCACAAGCGUCGAACUCGACGCAUAACGAUCCGUCCGCGGAUCUUAGCAAACAAUUGGAAGUCGAAAACGCAAUUGAGGAAAGCUCGGAUGCUUUCAGCUCCGGUUCCGAGUAUUCUGAAGAGGACGAAGACACAGGAACGGCGAAGUACAUUUCUGAUCAUAACUCGGAAUACAAUUCCGUCGAGGAGUUCACGGACGCGGAGUUGUUGUUGGAGAAAACGCUAAAUGAGAUAAGGUCUGAAAUAUCGGAGUCUGAAGAGGAGGAGUGCACGAGCGAAUCCGAGGAAAGUGAGGACGUCACUUAUUCGUACGAGACGGAAAGCCACGAUCAUGAUUCCACGUCGUCGUCCGAAGGCUCGCUCGACGAGCGGGAGAUUAAGUCGAGCGAACUCGAAGAUUCGGCGGAAGAGGAGGAUGUGUACGAGGAGCUGCGGUCCGAAGGAGAGGAGACGAAUGAACAGGUCGAAACUUCGGAACAAUUUCAAGUGUCUGAUAAAGAAGCCGACGAUAUGAUUCACGACGAAACGCCUGGCGACAAAGCCAACGUUUCGAGUAGAGUGGAGAGUAAUUCACAGGUCGCGCGAGAGGCUGGAAAAAAUAAUGCGGACGCACCGACGGAAGCUGCCACUGCGGUCACAGAAUUAUCUCGACCGGAAAUAAACGCGGGAAUCGAUGAAGAGACGUCGCAAGGUUUUCAAAAUCUCGAAACAGAUUCUGACAUUGCUGUAACUGUGACGGAUUUGGCGGCUGCGUCUUCAGCGAAGUUCAGGCAGAGUAUAAAAUCUAAGGAAGAUAUUCCGUCAAACGCGAACGACUCGAAGAAAAAUGAGACGAAGCACGGAGACGCGAGCGUAACCGAGGCGGGAGAUCAGUUGACAGUACAGAACGAUAUAAAGACACUGAAAAUCAUGAGUCAUGAGUCGCGUGAGAAACGCGCGAAGGUAGGCCGAAGGGCGAGUACGGGUAGUAAAGACGUGAAAAUCGAGAAGGAUGACACGUUAAAGGGGGUGGAUCGGGCGCGAGCGCCCAAGAAGCGAUUUUCCCUCGUAGCCAGUUGCAUCCGUCGGUUCGAGGGCGAAGAGAAUGCCGAUAGGGCUCACGUGGAAAGCUUCAGACGCCAGAUACAAGGAUCUCCCAAAACGGAGCGGGAGAGAAUAGCGCGUCGUCUCCUGGCGGAGGGUCGAGCCGCGAAUUACGAUGAGGCCGAGGUCGCCGCUAGUUUGCUGGCCCUCAAGUUCGGGGACGCCGAGGCACUUCAGGCCGCGAAAGAAUGCUCCAGUAUAGAAUCGGCGCUGGCCUUUUUGCAGCAGGAGUGCGAGCUGUGCACCGGUCGUUUCGCGAUGAGUCAAAUGGUGUCCAUGUUGAAGUGCACACAUCGCUGCUGCAACGAUUGCGCGAAGAAUUACUUCACCAUUCAGAUCAGCGACAGGAACAUCACGGAUGCCGUUUGCCCAUACUGCAAGGAACCUAAUCUCAAGGACGCGAGCGAGGACGAAGUUCUCGAGUAUUUCAGCAAUUUGGAUAUUCAGCUGAAGACUCUGCUGGAUCCCCCGAUUCACGAACUCUUCCAGAGAAAGCUCAGAGAUCGGACCCUGAUGCAAGAUCCAAAUUUUAAGUGGUGCAUUCAGUGUUCAAGCGGAUUUUACGCCGACCCUCACCACAAGCGUUUAAUCUGUCCCGAUUGUCGGUCUGUCACUUGUGCUUUUUGCCGUAGACCGUGGGAAAAACAACACGAGGGAAUUUCAUGUGAGAAAUUUGCCGCUUGGAAGGACGAGAAUGAUCCCGACAAUCAAGCCGCGGGUUUGGCACAACAUUUAGCCGACAAUGGCAUCGAUUGUCCUAAAUGCAAAUUCCGUUAUUCUCUAUCCAGAGGAGGUUGCAUGCAUUUCACGUGCAGUCAGUGUAAAUAUGAGUUUUGCUGCGGUUGCGGCAAGGCUUUCAUGAUGGGGGCGAAGUGUGCGGUCAGCCCUUAUUGCGCCAAAUUGGGCCUGCACGCCCAUCAUCCGCGCAACUGCCUCUUCUAUCUCCGUGACAAGGAGCCGGCGCAGCUGCAACAGUUGCUCCGAGAAAGCGGCAUCGAUUAUGACACGGAAGGUCCGAUCGGGGAACGCAGGUGCAAGGUGCAACUGCAGAAGGAGACGCCGACCGGAGUCGUGGAUGCGGUGUGCAAUUCCGACGUCGUCGAGGGCCACGCUGGUCUGUGCAGGAUUCAUUACGUCGAGUAUCUAGUUCGAAAGAUCCGUUUGACGCAGCUGGAACCGCUGCCCUUGCUAAACGUGGACGAUCUCGAAACGUGUGUGCGCCGCGCCGGGCUGAAACUGCCCGCGAACUGGUACGGGCGCGACCCGGAGCAUUACAGGAACGACUUGGUCGAGGUCGUAAAGCAGGAGAUUCCACUGGAGUGACUUGCGGCGGAGAAUCUCGGGGAGAAAAAAAAAGAAAAACGGACGCGCGACGUAUCCGAAGCCCAUAUAAGUGACAAACCGUAUAUUGUAUAGGUGUAUUUAUUUUAUUUUGCAUGGACCAUAAGCCCGCAAAGUGAAAAUAAUGUAGGACCAUGGAACGGGAGUAGUGCAAUACGAACGUCGCCUAGAUAUAAACUUGCCGAAAACUUGUUUACUUUUCGACGUGGCGUGAUGCGAUUUAUAUGUUAAUUCAAACGUCCCAUUCGCGAACAUUCGCAGACAUUCGGCGAGGAGAAAUAGUGUGUUCAUCACUACAUGUUCUACUUGUUAACGGCUACAGAUGUGUAAAGAUCGAACGUUUCUUUACAUCUUGAUAGAUAGAAUAGUCAUUAAUGGGAGUUGUAGGAUUAACGUUUGAAAGUACGUAUUUAUUUCUGCUUUAUAUUACUGUUUUUCCAAGAAAUAGACCGUUUAAUUAAAAAAAAAUUAUAGCA